UCAAACGUGAUGCUAUUUUUGCUUGAUAUCGUUUGAGAUUGGCGCAGUUCGGUAUUGACCUCAAAGUUACUGUUUAGUAGCAUUUGGUUCUUAACAGCUGAUUCACAGCACAAACCGAAAAAACCGACAGAAAGGACUCAGUUGCAAUAUUUCUUUUCGCCGAUAUUUGUGUUUUUCUUUUGCAUCUUUUUGUCUUAACAGUAUUUCGUAAAAAUGGCGGGCAGUAGCCCAGGAUCAGAUUGGAGUUUGAUUUUACAGAAACGAUGCCUGGCUCGUAGAGCUGAAAAUGAAACGCAAGGCAACUUACUAGAUGUUGCGAAAUGCGUUGGUAAAACUGAAAGCAGUUUGACUGCAAAUGAUGAUAAUGACUUCAACCCUACUCUGAGCAUUUUGCUGGCAGAUUUUUUUGUUCGAAAUGCCUCACAAAGAAACCUUACAUUUGGAGGAAUCAUAUCCAACAGCUGCAAGAUUAUUAUGCCCAGCUUAUUGGGAGCACUGAAAAAGUCCUGCAAUGAUUUGUUGGCUCAAAAUCCUAGCUCUCAAGCUGUUCAGCCUAGUCAUAUCCUUCUUGCAUUGAAGGCAUUGAGUACUGGGGCAUUGGAGAUGAAUGACACAGAUUUCGAAUUACUUGAAAGCUACUUGAAGGACUCUGACAAAUCAAAGGAUUCUGGUUCUGGAGUUUCUGAAACUGUAAAGAAAAAUAGACCAGAUUUGAAUGCUGCUUUGCUGGAUCAGUUUGUAUCAAUUAUCCCUGGUGCCAUGUUUGAAAAAGCCAUGACUCAGCUGAUAAGUGAGGGUGAAUCUACAACAAGUUUCACUCGAAAAGAUAACACCACUCAAAAUUUGUCAACUGUAUGCAAUCAGAACAUUGCUAACUUGUGCAGCAUGGAUGCAGCCGACACUAUCGUCAACUUUUGCCUGUCGCUACCCAACGUGGCAAGUUUUAUCGACAAGUGGAAUGGCGCAGUGGAAGGCUUGGGGCUCGGGCUACCUUCAUCGAUAAACGAAGCACAACAGCUAAAACAAAAUAUUACCCACCUCAAAGAAGACGUCCUUCUUGCCAAAAAAGCCUUAAAUUUGCCCUUGUUGGAGCCUCUUACAAAAGAGCGUUUGCGCCAGCUGACCCAACUGGGAAUGGGCUGCCUAUUGGCUGCUAUAUCUGUGGCGACAUCUCACAGUAUCUUUGCUGCUGUGAGCCCUGCCCCCACCAAAUCUGCCGGAAGCGGCAAUCCGAACAUGCCCCCAUCGAAGCAGUCGGCCAGUCCUAAUGCGGCGACGGCCGUUUGCAACCGAGAAGAAGAAUGGGAAAGCAACGCCGUCACGGUCGUCGAGACAGCCGUCGAGAUUUAUCAAACCUUGGCAACUCUCAUCCAGAGAUCGCCUCGCAGCAGCCGGAUGUACUACGAUAACUUUCUGUACGUAGCUGCUUGGCUUCUACUGUCGGGAUUACAGGGUCAAAUGACCCAUACCAGUCAGACGGGAUCAGAAAAGGGAACCAAAGAAGACAAGGGCAAGUCUCCGAGCAAACACAAGGAUGGAUCGAGAAUCAAUUUGACUAAAAUCCAGCAAGGCUACGGAGGCCUGUCGGUUGUCUUGGCUUCGCAGGCGCUUGCCACUUUGGAGAAACUAUUGGAGCCUAAUGGCAUGCUGGAGACGGAAGAAACUCAACCCACGCCCGUUGGCUCUGCGGGGUUUGAUGUCACGGAAAACUACACACACAGCCAGAGAAUUUUCCGAUUGCUUUCGGACCUGCCUCUGACUCAGUUGCUCUUCCACGUCGCCACAGUUAGCUACCGGAAGUCGUGCAACCUGAAACGCAUUCAGAAGAAUGGCGACGGAGAAACGGUGUCACUGUCCGAUUCGGCCACCUAUUACGACGACGACGAUUUCAGUUGCUCGGAAGAGAGCAGCGCUGCCGAAGAAGAGGAAGACGAUGACGACAGUGAGCCGAUUCUUGGUCACUGGUUCGAAGAGACGAUCACGCCGCCUGAGCCUAAGAAUGGCAAGAACAAGGGCGGGCCCCACGAUCCGGAAGAUGCCCGUAACGCCUCGAAAUCGUGCCACCGGAAUCUGGAUAUUUCCCUUUCCGUCCCCGACAAGGGUGAACCGCAUGGCUACAUCCUGUUGGCCACGCAAAUCUUUGCCUUCAUGAACGAUCACAUGCUCUGCUCACCCCGUCUGAGGCAGUACACCAUCAACAGCCUGUCGGAACAUCAGCUGAUUCUCUUGGCCGCCAUUGUCAAGGAUCUCGAUCGCGAAACGGCUCGAACCGAGACUGGGACAAUCGCCGCUUUUUUCGGACAAACUCUGGGCCAGCUCUUCAGCCGUUUCUCGCAGUCGUUGGCUCGCUACACGCACAACCUGCUGGCUUACGAACUGAUGAGUCCGUCCCUGCAAAUCGCCUUGCUCAGCCACUUGAACGUCAAUCCGUGGUCGGAAGAAGAAGAUUGGCCGCUCCUGGUUCAUCCGAGGAGCUUGGCCGUCUUAGCCCAGGUCCUUUUGUCUAAACAUCGGAAAGACAGCAAAGAAGAAGCUCGUCAAACAAGUGAAGCUGCCUGCUUAUCCAUUUGGAGGCGGCUCUUGGAGACGAUGAUCAAGUACAUUGAAGAUCCGCACGUUGCCGGUGACAGAGAUCGGGAGACCGAGGACUUAAACGUAGAACACGCCCAGCUCCUGCUCUUCCUGUUCCACUCGCUGCAGUUGAUGCAAAAGAAAGCCAUCUUACUUCUCUGUGCACAGACGCUGAUCCGCGCUGCUCAGGCCGCCUUCAGCAUCAUCCCUUUGCACGACACGCAACUGAUGUUGCUCGCUCGGAUCCUACUCCUGCUAGAGUACCUCAUCAAAAACCUUUACGACGCUCCGGUCGCCAUGCUGGAGCAGAUUCAGUGGAAUUUGCUCAGCUCGGCUGGAAUAUCCAGCAAUGGGAGAGCCGAUGACGCUCAACAGCCCAGCAGAAUGUACAACUGCUGCCAGGAAUUGGAAGAUAAUUACCGGAAAUAUGGCUCCGAAGACGAAGGCUGCUCCAUUCGCCCCCGGUUCUAUCUCCUAAGUAACGUAGACAGCAACAAUCAAGACCUUCCUAAACUUGAUGGAUUGGCGUGCAGCUUUUUACUAGCUCCAUCGGACUCCUUCAAAUAUUCGUCUUUGUACGGCGCCAUCCUGAAUGUGCUGCAUGUUGUCCACCAGUGCGAGUUCCACAGCGUCCGCAAGGACAAGCGUGACUAUAGCGCACUGUGUGCCGUCCAGUAUUGCUUUAAUGCCGGUUGGAGACUUGUCCAGUGUCUACCCCCUUCCGUACCCGUCAUGGAAGGACUUGCAACGAGUGGAGUGGAGCUUGAGCCUUCCGCUUUGCUCCACGCCUUGUUGUGGGGUCCGAGAUCUGCCCACAAGGUCUACAAUGCCUGGAUUACGGACUGUCUGGUCAAGCAGGGUUUGACCACUCAGAAAGCCAUCUUCAUCGUUAAAGCGGCUGCCAAGCACGCCAACAGCACGGCCUUCCUGGUCAAAGUGGCCAAGCAAUUGGGUCAAGGAAUGCGGCAAUCUUCUCGCCUCAAAGAUAUUGCUGCCGUUCCAGAUUUAUGGGAUGUCCUCGUCAUGGACAUGGUUAUAGCCAGGUUGCGUCUCUUGUAUGACGAAUGCGCCAAUAAAGACAACGGGGACGAAUCAUACCGCGUCCUGGACAGUCCGACAGAGAAGUUGCCCAAAACGUCGAAAAUAUCCAAAGAAAUUUUCAUGGAACUCUGCGAUUUGGUCGAUUCGGUGGCCAGUCUGUCGCGGCGUUGUGUUUUGCAUGACGCACUGGGAAACAGCACCGACACUCCAACGCUUGAAGGUUCCAGUGAGGCCGAAGCACUGCAACACUUGCUGGCCAUAUCUUCUACUCGUGGCUGCAAGCUGGCCAAUAUUACGCCAACUCUGGCUCUCUGCCUCCCGCCCUUCCUACGGGCUGCUCUCGAUCGCUGGAACAGCAGCAACUCCGACUUUCCAGCUUUUUUCUCCUGGCGUUCGGGCCAGUCUGGCGAUCUGAUUCCGUCUGAAUCGUAUCUCAACGGUAUUCUGAGCGCUCAUCUACAACUGUUGUCGUCGCAAUCCGUCUUCAGCCCGGCAUCGUCUUUGCGUCACCUGUUGAACGCGGCUGUUCGGCUGGCCAACGACCUAGUCGUCUGGUAUCCAAACUCGGAAGAGGCCGAAAAAGAGCUGGUUGGCGUCUUCUUCCCUAUAGCACUGGACGCCUGCUUCGAAAAUUUGGUCGAUCUCGUUCAACUGGUUAUGGAACGUCUAGUGGGAGCGGCCGACAGCGAUCGCUAUCAAGAUAUUGCCUCGUACAUCGUCAUCAGUCAUUGCCAUUCGCUGGUAACCGCUUGUGGAGCGCCAGUCCGCUGCUUGGAAGAGAAAGCCCUCGAAGAGUGCAUUCGCUUCCUGGAAUCUUGCGUGGAAAAUCCACUCACUCGCCACCCACUUUCCCGAUUCUACACUUUCGAAGAGGAAGUCCAUUCCUUAUGGGACAUUAUUUUCUCGACGACGACGCCGGAGCUAUCGCCGACCUACAGGAAAUCGGUUUAUUGCUUCAUCAACAAGAUGCUGAAAUCAUCGGAAACGAACGACACUGAUUUAGAUAACCUAUGUUUGACGCUGUUGAACUUGGACAGGAUCGACGAGGAUCGUUUGGAAGCAUGGAUUGAAUUUGCCAUCCUUCGGCAUUUGACUGGUCAAGACGAUGAGGAAAUCCAGCAGCAACCAGCUGGCAGCAGCACGCCGGUGGUCGUCAGAUCUGACACGGCGGAAGAGGAAAAAAUUGCCCCGAUUGCCGGAAGUUCUUCAGGGAAACUCGGCCCUCAGGAUGGAAUAUCUUUGCUGCAAAACUUGACGCAGUUCGCCUUCCGCAAGGGCGAAGCGGAGAGUUUUGCCCGGACACUGCUCAAAAUACUGUUGAAGCACUUGUCGCCCAACAGUCGAGGAAACGUGACACCAGACCUGGUGCUUAUCAUGGUCAAAUUGGCCGGAGUUGGCCAAGGUUCUGGCCAUCGUGACUUGUUCUUGGCCGCACUAGAUUGGCUGCUCAAAUAUCAGCAAGUGAUGCCGACCGAAUCCUGGACGGCUCUCAAUCAGGAAGACUUGAGUUCGCCACCGCCGGAGCUGGCUUCGUUCUGUUGUUUGCUGCAGUACACGACCGAUGUCCUCUACGCUCUUCGAAUGCUAAGCAGCAGCAGCAGCAGCGCUAAUGGUGCUGGUGCGGGGAACGAGCCAUCCUCCUCCGAAAUGUCUAGCGGAUUGCUGGAAUCCAUCGAAGGUAAUCCGCUCACGGCCGACGUGGAAGACUGGACGGUCGACGAACUGGGACUAGGUGACGACGUCGAGAGUGAUGGCGACGAAUCGGACGAGGAUCUUUUGUGCAAUCAACUGUGCACUUUUGUCAUCACGCAAAAAGAAUUCAUGAAUCAACACUGGUAUCACUGUCACACGUGCCGGAUGGUGGACGGUGUCGGCGUUUGUUCCGUCUGUGCCAAAGUCUGCCACCGGGAUCAUGAUGUGACUUACGCCAAAUUCGGCAGUUUCUUCUGUGACUGCGGUGCCAAGGACGACAGAUCGUGCCAGGCUUUGGUCCGCCGACCUCCUCAGCCGGAAGAAGACGCUCCCAUGCGUUCUCGAGACAGCGCGUCGGCCAGGGGCCUCCAUCAUGCUACAAUGGACCAAGCGCUGCUCCAACAGUUGGGUUUCGGAGGGGCUGCCGCCAUGGCUUACGUUCCUUAUCGCGGGGAAUUGGACGGCCCUGAUGGAUUUGGCGAUUUGCCUACCAACGACGAACUUUCGGAGAGACGUCGCAUCCUGACGAAACAGCUGGAGCCUUACUUGAACGAGCUCCUUCAAGUCACUGGAUCGUCGGAACUUCCCGCCGCUGUUGUGGACAUUCUCAACUCUCUGUUGCCGUCCAUCGAACGAGCAAGUAAACGACUUUCGCCCGUCGGUAGUCUUCAGCGUGCCCGUCGCACGCUCCAUCAACUGCACCACGAGCCCAAGACUAUAGUGGCCUCUGAAUCCCUCAUGAUCCCCACUCUGGGGUCGCAGGAAGGAGCUUUCGAGAAUGUCCGGAUGAGUUUCACUGGAGACCAGGGCCAGACCAUCAGGCAGUUGCUCUCUGCCCACGUUCUACGCAGGGUUUCAAUGUGCUGUUUGUCCUCGCCGUACGGACGGAGGCAACAUUUGGCCAUGAGCCACGAAAAGGGCAAAGUAACAGUUUUGCAAUUGAGUUCGCUCUUGAAGCAGGCAGAUGCCUCCAAGAAGAAAUUGACGCUGACAAGACUCAGCUCGGCCCCUGUUCCUUUCACCGUCUUGAGCAUGGCCAGCAAUCCAGCCAACGAAGAUGUACUGGCCGUUUGCGGCUUGAAGGAAGUUCACGUCAUGACGCUGACUUCAGGUGGAUCGGUCCAAGACCAUUUGGCAUUGCAUCCGCAGUUGGAGACGGGAAACUUUAUCAUCAAAGCCGUCUGGCUGCCCGGUGAUGCCACCCAGCUGGCCGUCAUCACCGCCGAUUUUGUCAAAAUUUAUGACUUGUCUGUUGACGUUUUAAGUCCGCAGUACUUUUUCCUGUUGCCCAGUGGCAAAGUUCGCGACUGUGCUUUCUGGUUCCGCCAAGACGGCGCCCAGUUUACUUUUUUCAUCUCGUCGUCCGGCUACAUCUAUUGGCAACCGCUCAGUCAAGAGAGCUCAGCCCGUCACGGCCCGUUUUACGUGACCAACAUACUGGACGUGACUCAUCCUGAAGUGAAGGAGAGCAACGGCCAAACGGGAGGCGGUGGCGUUUCUGUUUAUUAUUCCCAUUGUCUUCAACUCCUCUGCUUCAGCUAUGCCCAAGGGAAAACUUUUAUGGCCACGGUGACGGAAGACAGUCGAAAUGAGCUGCAACUAGGACCGCUUCACCCGGUUCACAUUCCGGCUAAAAGCGGCGCUGCUGCUGCUGCUAGUGGAGGAGGAAGUUCCCUGAAACUGGGAACGCCAUCAGCGAGUUCGAGCACGGCCUUGCAGUCUGCCGGACCUCAUCAGCCGCUUUGCCAAUGGACCGAAGUCCAGGGACACCCGGGUUUGUUGUUGACUCUGACUCAAAGCUCUUACACUCCGGUGGUCAUAAUGGUGGAGCCAGAACGAAUCCUAGUGGAGGAAAUCAAGGUGGUGCCCGCCAAAGUCAAAGUAACGGACUUGGUGGCUGUCCGCCACAUCGUCAACACGGGACAGGACAAAACGGAACCGCGUACGACGCUCAUCUUGUUGUGCGACGACGGGUCGUUGAGGAUCUUUAUGGCGUCGCCGGAAAUGACCAACUUCUGGUUGACGCCCACUCUGCAGCCGCCAAUUCUUUCAUCGACGCAACCAAAAAUGGUCCGCAAGGAGAGCGUCAAUGGAGCCAAAGGAGGUUCAGGCGCUUCGACGCCGACCUUCCCUACGGAUUUCUUCGAGAAUUGCACGGCCAUGAACGACGUCGAGUUUGGCGGCAACGACCUGCUGCACGUGUACAAUUCCACCCAGCUGAAACACCGACUCAACACUAGCGGCCUCUACAUCGCCUGUACCAAACAGUCCGGCUUUAGCGUCGAGGUGACCAAUCCUGAGACGUCCAGCGUUAUAGUCGGAGUUCGCAUCCUCGUCGGCUCACAGGAAGUGCAAAGGGCUCCCACCUGCGUCGAGAUUUUCGGCCGCAACAUCCCGUUUGUUUUGCAACGAUACCGCUGGUAUGACAUCCCGUUGACGAAGGAGGAAAGUCUCCAAGCGGACAAGAAACUCGUCCUCUCGUUCGGAUCUUCCAACGAUCCGCUGGGCGUCACGAUGAUUGAUUCCAUCAAAGUCUAUGGGAAAACCAAAGAGGCUUUUGGCUGGCCGGAAGACGCUGAAGAUCAGCUGGCUGGAACCGGCGGCAGUAACGGUGCACUCAAUUUACCGGCGACGCAAGGUCAUCUUUUGCAGAGUCCUGUCCUGCAAUCGAAUGGAUCUUGCAAUAAAUUGGCCAUUCAGAGUCCGGCUCAGUUGAUGCUGGAUCAGUUGGUUGGAGGAGCCGUGGCUCUUCUCGAAGGAUCUCUAUCGCUACCGCUACCGCUGGCAGGUCUGACUUCUGCCUGCCCGCCGGCCACUAAAGAACACGUUCUCCGUCUGUCGACACAAAUCUUGACUAUGACCUGGAGUGGAGGCAGUUGCGUUCCUGGAGUUGUCAAGCAACUUUUGGCCACCAUUCAUCCAUCCAGAGCCGCCUAUCACGACUACAAGGACCGAGUCUUGCUGACGUCUGUCUUGGACAACUUAAAGGCCAUCAUGGAUGAAACAUCUCCGAUCCAUCUCGAUCCUGAGGCAUUCUACAAUGUGCUGACCAUCACGAAAUCAGUGGCCACCACCCAACCGCAGAACUUGAUACAAUUUACAACCGGCAACUUCCUCGGCGAUUUAUUGGCCGUCGGUCGCCGCCUCCAUCGCGAAAGAGCUCGCAAUCCACUUUUGAGUCCUGUCGGCCAACUAGGCGUGGCCCAGAUUGAUUUCUGCGUCCAAUCCAUCGUUGACGUGCUCUUCUCCGUGGCUCUCACCGAUCCUCAGAAAUGGAUGGCCCCGGUAAUGGAUCACUACAUCGGCCUACUCCUUUGCGAUGACGCUAGCGUCAGCCACGCUGCCAAAGCCGCACUCCAGCGGACCAUGAAGACGGGCUGUGCAGGCAAAUCGAUCCUAUCUUCCGCCCUGUCCGGACGCCAGCCAGUGCACAGCGACGAGGAUGACAUUAUGCAGCUAGCCAUCGCCAUGAGUCUGGAAGAAGCCAGUGGUGUGGCCUCUGGUCCGGAAUCGAAUGACGACGAAAUGCAUGACAUGCCGAGCACAUCUGCAGAACGUUUCCGCCAAUUGCGACUGGCCUUGCUUAAGAGAAUCACGGAGGAUUUGCCGGAAUUGAAGAAGAAGGGUGGCGUUAAAUCCAUUCACUUCCUCCAAGUCUUGCUCAUUUUGGUGUCUGAAUUGCGCCCGUCUGACCCGACUGAAAGGAGUGAACUCCACCAAACUCUGGCCAAGGCCGUCUGUGAACUCGACUUGGAACGAGAUGCCGCGCUCGAAGUAGCCGGUCAACGUACACCGCAACACGAAGUCCAGUUGCUGAUCAUGAAGUUUUUCGGAUUCCUAUUGUCCACUCAUCAUCACAAGUCCAGCAGCGGCGGCGGUGGCGGCGGCAAAGCCAGUCACUCUCAGCGGCGCAGCAACACGGCAUCUCUCUCGACCGUCGCCUCGGUGGCCGCCAAAGUUCUUCUGGACGCCGGCCUCAUGGAGCGGUGCUUGGUUCUUCUGCAAGCCAUCCUCUUGCACUGGAAGGCCACCGGAGCCGAUGAAUCGCCCGUCGUUGUGGGUCUUCUCAAACAGCCUUUAGCUCCUUCCGCUUUCGACCUGUCGCCUUUCUUUUCCAGAACGUUGACUCAUCGCAAUACCGGUUACAUCUUCGAGGGAUUUUCACAAUUACUCACCGAAAUGGCACUGCGCUUGCCUUAUCUCGUCAAAAAAGUCAAUAGCGGUGUCCAGUUGGACCAGCGCUGGGUAGAAUGCCUGUGCCAGUACGUUGCGGCUCCGACCCCGUCAACGGUCAAGCGUCACGUUCGCAAACUCCUGCUGUUCCACUGCGGUUCCAAGGAAAAGUACCGCCAAUGCAGGGAUCUCUUGACUAUCGAAACGCAUUUCAAUGACGUCAAGAAGCUGGCCCUGGAACAUGGGCUCGAUUCGACCCUGGAAGGCAACCACGACGGAUUGGUGUUGCCCUAUGACGACCUCGUGAUAGUCAUGGAACACUUGAAAGUGUGCCUGGACGUGGCCGUCACGCGAACGGCCAACUGGCAGCUCUACUGCCAACAGCACGAAGACACCCUGUCCUUCCUUAUCCAGUUGACUUGUUUCAUCGACGAGGGUCUGAGCUGCACGCUCCUUCAGCUCCUGCGCUACGCCUUCUGUCCAUUGAAGAAUGUUGCGGCGACCGUCGGCGCUUCUUCCUUGCCCGCCAACGCAGGAGGACAGCCGACCGCCAAGAAAUCCACAGAGUCGGACCUAACGACAGAGCCAUGGGAUUUGGAUAGUUCGUGUACGGGCGCCGAAGGCUGCGUCUGCGGCAUUUUUGUCCAGCAGCUACAUCGCACCGUGGAGCGCCGUCUGAUUAGCCGCCUCAUUUUCCGCUUCCUGUUGGACUGCAACGUCACGGCCGUCCGCUGGCAUGCGCACGCCCUAGUCCACUCGUUUUGUCGCCAUUCUACCGUGGCCCAGCAGCAAGACCUGGUCGCUCUCAUGUGGUCUCUGUGGUCUGGCCUCCAACUCUACGGCCGAAAAGCUUCCCAGUUUGUCGAUCUGCUUGGUUAUUUCACCAUCAAGACUCCCGGGAUGGAAAAUUCACUACCCGGCUACGUUGACCGGGCCGUUGCCUUGUUGAAGGAAGAAAAUCAGCUCAUCGUCCGCCAUCCCAAUACCGUGCUGUACAACGCUCUAGCCAGUCUGGUCCACUUGGACGGUUAUUACCUGGAGAGAGAUCCUUGCUUGGCCUGUUCCACCCUCGAGGUUCCCUUUUCGGCCGUCAAGUUGACGACGCUCAAAGCAGACGUCCGUUUCACGACUUCGACCCACAUCAUUAAGUUGGUUGGGAGCCACGUCGUCAACCGCUUUGCUCUGCGCAUUACCGACAUCAAACGGACGAAAAUGGUGCGCACCAUCAACAUUUUCUACAACAACAGACCCGUCCAGGCCGCCGUUGAGCUCAAGAACCGGCCCGGCGUUUGGCUCAAGGCUAAGAAGCUGUCGUUGACACCUGGUCAGGCCGAAGUCAAAGUUGACUUGCCGCUGCCCAUCACUUGUUGCAAUUUGAAAAUCGAAUUUGCCGCCUUCUACGAGAACCUUCACGCCUCGUCGGAGAUGCUGCAGUGCCCGCGCUGUUCCGCCUCCGUCCCGGCUCACCCUGGAGUCUGUUCCAAUUGCGGAGAGAACGUCUACCAGUGUCACAAGUGUCGCUCAAUCAACUACGACGAAAAGGAUCCUUUCCUCUGCAACGCUUGCGGUUUUUGCAAGUAUGCCAAAUUCGAGCUGACGCUGUCGGCCAAGCCGUGCUGCACCGUGGAGCCGGUCGAAAGCGAAGACGAUCGCAAAAAAUCGUUACUGGCCAUCAAUGGGUUCUUGGAGAAGGCCGAUCGCCUGCAGGGCCAAAUGGCUUAUACCAGGGAAUCGCUGGAAGUUCUGGUGAGCAAACUAGGAGAGAAUUCCGGAAUCGAUGUGUUGACUGGAAGUGAAGCAUCCACCGGAUCAGCCGGCAAUUCGGGAGUACCGUCUACGCCAGCAACAGCUAACGGCAGUGUUUCGGCAUCUGGUGCAGGAACGGGAACAGGACAAAUCAACAAAACGAUCCAGCAAAUUUGCCAACGUUACCAUUCUGAAUGCAAAUCAACUUUUGAAGAAUUGAGCAAAAUCGCCCAACGGGUGGCGGCCUGUCGUCGAGAUAUCGUGGCCUACGAUGCCAGUCAAAGGCAAAAAGCCGUCAGGCGCACCAGUCCUGGACAAGGAGCCACUGGAAUUGACGGCAGUCAAUUUGUGCCGCUUCCCACCGGAGCAACUUGUUGCUACGGUUGCGCAAGCGCCGCUCUGGAUCACUGCUUGACCCUGCUGCGAGCAAUGGCCACCAAACCGCUGCUCCGACGUCUCAUGUUCGAGCAAGGACUGCUCCAAGAAUUGCUCCACUUCAACAUCGCUCAAGGAUCGGCCCAAUCGCGUUGCGAAGUCCGCGACCUUCUCUGCCUUUUGACGUUGAACAACCCGGACGCCGUCGACUGCCUCAACCAGAAACUGAUGGAGAGCGUGGACGGGGUCCUUAAACGCUCCGGUCACAGUUUGGCAUUGCUCAACUCGAUUAGGCACGAAAUGGCACUGUUUGCUGCCAGCCUUCAAUGUCAAGACACUUGCUGGGAGAAGCGUCUGCGCUCCGUCGUCCAGCUCUUUUUGAAAUCGACUCAUCAUUUGCAGUCACCCGCCGUCAUGGACGUCAUUACUCUGCCUUGUCUCAGAAUCAUCCAAGAACUUAUUCAAGGUACUUCCGGAACGGUACACAUCCAUGUCAAAGAGUCGUCAAAGCCCGGCCACGUUGAUGUUUUGAUGGAUUUGAAACGCUGGCUUCGAGGUGAUCCUCAACAGAGUUUCGACGCCUGGAAGUCUCGAGUUCUGUCCCGCUACGACGCUCCCGUCGCCGGCAAAAAGCCCGAACAGGUGCGCCAGCUUCACUUGCUUCAGAAAUAUGGAGCCCGUUGGCGAGACAAGUACCAGCUACGACAGCAGCAACAACAUCCGGUUUCGUGUCAGCUGUCCGGCUCUAAUUGGCUUCAGUUGAUGCUGUUCAAUCCCAACUCCCGAUUGAGUCGGCAAACAGCCUGCGUCUUCCUCGAAGGCCUCGCUCGCGUUCCCCAACGACGACAGGAGAUUGUCAACCUUUUGACCAGUUUCCUCGCUCAGUUGGGCCAAGCCGGACCUUAUGGCGCAGAAUUUUUCGCUCUCUACAUGUCGUUGGUGCGGAAAGAACAUUGGCGCUAUUAUUUGGUCAGUCGUGGACUGUUGCCCAAAUUAGCGGAUUGGAUCGAGGUGGAAAUCAACGGAUUGACUCGCCAGGAAAUGGUCGGCCGAUCUUCUGAGCUCUCGCAAGGUCACGCCAUGAAAUCGUUGGUGGAACUUCUUUCCUUUUUCCUGGAAGAAUCGUCAGUUCGUCAGGCUUACAAGGGCCGUCUGGUUGGACAUGUUUUAAGCGGCUAUUUGAACUUGCGCCGCCUUGUCCUUCAGCGAACCAGGCUGGUGGAGGAGACACAAGAAUUGCUGUUGCAACUCCUCGGCGAUAUGACGACAGGCACAGAGGCUGAGACCAAACAGUUCAUGUCUGUUUGCGUCCAAACACUCCGCCAAUGUCUUGGAGACGACCUGGUAACCCCCGUCUUUGUAGUCGAGCGUUUGUGCUCCAUUAUUCAUCCGGAGGAGAAAGAUGACGUCGAAUUUCUCAUGUCACUCGACAAAGACCCCCAACAAGAAGAUUUCUUGCAAGGGCGGAUGCAAGGCAAUCCUUACAGCAGCACUGAGCCCGGUCUCGGUCCAUUGAUGCGCGAUAUUAAAAACAAAAUCUGUCAAGAUUGUGAGCUGAUUGCUCUUUUGGAAGACGACACGGGAAUGGAGUUACUUGUCUGCAAUAAAAUCAUGAGCCUCGAUCUGCCCGUUCGGGAUGUUUACCGAAAAGUCUUCUUGGCUGAAAACAACGAAGCGGAACCAAUGAGGAUCGUCUACCGCAUGCGAGGCUUGCUGGGAGAUGCCACGGAAGAAUUCAUCGAACGUUUCGAUGAUAAACAUCAGCGUCCGGCUAACGACGAGGAGACUUACAAACUGGCAAACGUCAUGGGAGAAUGUGGCGGACUGGAUGUUCUUCUCGAGCGCUUGAGCUGCGUCCGGGACAUUCAAGGCGAAGGCCGUCCACUUCUUGGUGCCCUGGUCAAACUCCUCUCCUUCUGUACGAAAGUGCUGACGAAUCGCUCUCUUUUGAUCACCCCCGAGCUGAACGCCGUCCAGAGACUUCUUGGCGCUCUUAAAUUGUGCCUUCAGGCUCAGCAGAACAUGCCUCCGUUCACCGAACAGCUGUUGGAAGUUCUGGAAGCCAUUCUGUGCCAAGCUUCGGCGCAAAGUGUUGACCAGUACGCCCUGUUCUCGUCGACGUUCGGUACCAAAGAGGAUUUAGACUUCCUAUUGCAGUUGUCGGCUCAAAUGGCCGGAUCGAAAACAGUAACGAGCAUUUUGACUCAUCUCACUCGUGUUAUUCCUUUCCUGACGUUCGUCAACGACAACAAGAUGGACGCCCUGAUUGAAUAUUUCCGUCAAAGUCUAGAUUUCAGUCAGUAUGACAUAGAGCACAAUGGAGAGCAGGCCGUUAAGUUGGAAUUGUUUUGCGCUCUUACUUCCGGCAUUGAGCACAACGCGAUUGGCAACACUUUGAAGGAUCGUCUGGUCGCUUCCAAGGUGGUCAACAACGCUUUGGAUUAUCUGCUCCAAAAUGCCCCUCCGAUCCGCACUGCAGUCGCUCGUGACAGUCCAGAAUGGAAAGACUUUGUAGCCAAACCAUCGUUGACGUUUGUGUUGCGCCUGCUGACGGGCUUGGCUCACAGCCACGUGACUACACAGUUGGCCUUAGCCGCCGAUUCGAUUCCGCUUUUUCACCAUUUGGAACAAAUUUCGUCAGACGAACACGUUGGCUCACUUGCUGAGAAUUUGCUGGAAGCCAUGCGGGGUCAUCCUGAGGUGGCCGAACGAAUUGAAGAGGUGCGCCAACAAACGAAGCGUGAGAAAAAACGGUUGGCUAUGGCAAUGAGAGAAAAUCAACUUCGAGCUCUUGGAAUGAAAACCAACGCGCUGGGCCAGGUCAAAGCGGAAAAUCCCAUUUUACAGCAGUUAGUUGACAUGGGUUUGGGUGAGGAACCCGGACCCGUUUGUGUCAUCUGCCGUGAAGGUUACCGCUUCCAGCCGGGCAGAGUUUUGGCUAUUUACACGUUCAGCCGACGCUGCCAAUUAGAAGAUCUUGAAUCGCAGCUAUGGUGCGGAUCGUGUCCAACUUCCUCUGCCACCUCCUCUUCUCCGUCCGUCAGUUCUGGAAGAAGCCGCAAAACCCUGGGAUACUACACCGUUUCGCACUUUAACGUGGUCCACGUCGAAUGUCAUUUGUCGGCUGUCCGUUUGGCACGAGCCCGUGACGAGUGGGAGUCGGCCGCCCUACAAAACGCCAACACCCGUUGCAAUGGUCUUUUGCCUCUGUGGGGACCUCAAGUUCCAGAGUCGGCUUUCGCCACUUGUCUCGCCCGACACAACACCUACCUUCAAGAGUGCACCGGUCACAGGGACAUUGGCUACGUGUCAACUUGUCAUGACCUCAAAUUGCUGCUGCUGCGCUUCGCCCUGGAACGGUCUUUUAGCGACGAGUCGGGUGGUGGUGGUCCUCAAUCCAACAUGCACUUCCUACCGUAUCUUCUUCACGCGGCUCUCUACGUUUUGAAUACGACUCGAUCCUGGAGUCGCGAAGAGAAAAAUUUAAAAGCCUUUUUGGACACGCCUCGUGGAGAGAAGUGGGUGGAGAAUCACGUCGAAUCCGACAGCGCAUUCUACUACACGACUUUGGCCCUGCUUGUCCAGAGCUGUCAGCGCUGGAACACUAAUCGACUGACCUUCCUUGGACGCCUUUUGGUGACGGCCCAUUGCCGAGUCCAACAACCAAAAGCGAACGAUCAACGUCACGAGAAACAGAUACUGGAUUACAGCGUCUACAAACCUGCGCUUGUCUUUUUUGCCAUCGUUAACGGAAUUUACAACAUCGUCUUGAAGAACGUCACUGUUGGUGAUAUUGACGCUGAUUGGCCAGGGACAGUAGCCGAGUAUAUCCGUCACAACGAUGAAGCCGUCUUGAGGGCCACCGAUAAACUACUCAAUGCUUAUCAAAAUGAUUUUCUGAACUGCGGCUCAUUUGAUGAAUUUUGUGAUGUUGCUGGUUUAUUGGAAGAUAUUCCGUCUCCCGAUGAAUUCAUCCGAGAUUUACUCCAAGGCAUCCCUUAGUAAAACCCGUAUUUCUCUUUUAUUUUAAUCAAUAUCUUUUAUUAGUCUUUGUAGUUUCCUUUAUCUUUCUUUCGCUUGAAUACAUAUUGUACUAGCAGUAA